AGACCUCGGCCUCUCCCCGCCUCCGGCCACCGCGGCUGUGGUGGAUCCGCAGCUCCAAAAGCGGCCCACAGACUCCUCACUGGGCCAGUCCAGCGCUGGGUGCCCGAGCCCCGCGCACCUCCCACGGCUCCCUAAACCGGUAUCCCUUCUCAGCAGAGUUUGAGAGCAACUUUCCCCUCCGUCCCCGGCGCUGCGGUGCUCCGAGAUCGUGGCGGCCGCAGGUUGCUAAACCCGGGCUACGCUAGCCGAACCUCGGCUUCAGGCUCGUGUAGGUCGCUUCUUCUCAGAGGUGCACGCUGGGGGUCCCCGACCUCGAGGCUGAGGGCGAAAUGCCUCUGGGACACAUCAUGAGGCUGGAUCUGGAGAAAAUCGCCCUGGAGUACAUCGUGCCUUGUCUGCACGAGAUCGGCUUCUGCUACCUGGACAACUUCCUGGGCGAGGUGGUGGGCGACUGCGUCCUGGAGCGCGUGAAGCAGCUGCACUACAACGGGGCCCUGCGCGACGGCCAGCUGGCCGGGCCGCGGGCUGGCGUCUCCAAGCGGCACCUGCGGGGCGACCAGAUCACGUGGAUCGGGGGCAACGAGGAGGGCUGCGAGGCCAUCAGCUUCCUCUUGUCCCUCAUUGACCGGCUGGUCCUGUACUGCGGGAGCCGGCUGGGCAAAUACUACGUCAAGGAGAGGUCCAAGGCAAUGGUGGCCUGCUAUCCGGGCAAUGGAACAGGUUAUGUUCGCCAUGUGGACAACCCUAAUGGUGAUGGGCGCUGUAUCACCUGCAUCUACUAUCUGAACAAGAACUGGGAUGCCAAGCUGCAUGGUGGGGUCCUGCGGAUAUUUCCAGAAGGGAAAUCAUUCAUUGCAGAUGUGGAGCCCAUUUUUGACAGACUGUUAUUCUUCUGGUCAGAUCGCAGGAACCCACACGAAGUGCAGCCUUCCUAUGCAACCAGAUAUGCCAUGACUGUUUGGUACUUUGACGCUGAAGAAAGGGCAGAAGCCAAGAAGAAAUUCAGGAACUUAACUAGGAAAACUGAAUCUGCCCUCACUGAAGACUGAAUGUGCUCUGAAAUCUGCUGGCCACCUUCAUUUUGGUAUCAGCUAAAUUCUCUGUCAGAGUUGAGAUCCAAAGAUGGCCUCGUCGGUGACCACAGCUUACUCCCUACUGCUCUGCAUCCCUGUCUUGUGUGUGGUACUUCUUCUUUUCUUGCCAGGACUGCACCGACCUCCAGACACUCUCUUUGCCAGACAUGAACUCACUUGAUAACUCCAGAAAUGCCUGUAGACACUUCAUUGGUCAGCAGUUUAAGGAUCGAUUUGGUGAUGUCGGCUAUCAAAGGAAGAGCCCAGGAGCGCAGGAGUGAAUCUUACUUGCACUUUAUGUAUUCUUCCUGAUGCGAAAGGAGGAAGUUUGGAAAAAAAAAAAAAACAAACCAAAAAACCAAAUUGGUGAGAGAGGAAUUACUGAAAUCCGCACAGCAGAAAGCUGAAAUUUGUGUCAUCUGAACAAUUUCCAGAUGUUGUUAAUCUGGGGCUGUUGGGGUUUCUGGAACAUUACCACAACCUAAUAACAUGAUUACCUCUAGAAAGGGCUGCUGUCAUAGUGAUAAGUUAUGAGCAUUCUACAGGGUAGACACUCCUUUUUUCUUUCCCACCACUUGGACUUCUGCUCUCAGCCCAUUUUGCUGAAAAUGAUUUUCUAAUUGAGAAUGACACCACCACUUAUUCUUCAUAUUCACUUCUCAUGAGGAGACUGUACUUACUGAGAGGCUAAUAUUAGAUCUUAGUUGUUUUGGUUGCUUUGUUGGAAUCUGAAUUUAAAUCACAAGACAGAAAACUACCUGAUAGUUUAGUGUUACGCUCCGGUGACAGUGUGGAAAAAUUCAGGUCUGCUGAUAUACAAUGAAAGUAUGUAUCAAGAAAGAUUUGAGACAGAAGAUAGAGUUGUAAAUGUGAGUGUUCCCAGUUUUUCAGUAUUUCUUUUUAAUGAGCUCACCAUUUUUUAACAACAACAACAAGAACAACAAUGACAAAAAUAGGGUGCUAUGUUUUAAAAAGGAUAUGGAAAUAAAAAAAAAAUUUCGAAACUGUUUGACUUCUGCUGCAUUGUUUGUCCCUACCAGAUUUUCCUCAGCUGUCUUGAUUCUUCAGAUCCUCUGUGAUUAGUAGGCCAGAACCAUGGAAUUUUCUAGAUUUGGGAGAGGUUCUAUACUGUGCUUUCCUACUGCAAUAGGCAAACUUCACCACCUCAAGUACUCUGAGUGAACAUCUACUUUAUGAAAGAUUCUGUUCCUGAUUUUCAAUUCCACUUUCAUAUUUUUAAACUCUCUUCAGUUUCCUGCUUGAAAAUCCUACGAACAUUAAAAAGCCAGCAAUGUUUUCUUUUGUCAUGAAUGGAAAUAUAGUUUCCCAUAAAGAAGUUUUAUUUUAUCCUUUUAUGGUUUUGGAAAAUUUUCAGAUCAGCCAUGUUGUCAUGCCUUCUCAUAGUUUCACUUCUUUUUAAAAAAUAGUAGUGCUUAUCACCUUCUAACUUAUAUGUAAUUUAUUUAUUUAUUACAUUUAUGGUUUUGUAUUUUCCCUCUAUCAUAUAAGCACAAUGAAAACAGGGACUUCAUAUGUUUUUAAUCAAUAUAAUAUAUUUCCAACAUUUAAAUAGUGCCAGGCACAUAGGAAGAACUCAGUAAA